CCAACAGAGAUCAAUAGAGAACUAAAGCAAGUGGAUAAUGCGAGAUCAGUCGAUCGUGGCGUUCGUUUGACGCUUCAUAAAACUACAAUAAAUUAGUAAUUCAACUUUAUUCAGCGUUGAAAUGCGACAGAUUGCGGUAAUCGGAGCAGGUGUGAUUGGAGUAACAAGUGCGUUAGAAGUACAAACGAAACUUGGAAAAUCAGUAACCGUAACGAUUUUCUCGGAUCGCUUCAGUCCAAACACGACCGGCGAUGUUUCAGCCGGAUUAUGGACGCCGUAUAUUCUCCAAGACACACCAAUGGACAAUAUUAUAAAAUGGUCAAAGGAAACAUACGAUUAUGCGCUUAAGCUGUGGCAAGAUGGCGAAGCAGAAAAAGCUGGAAUUUCCCUGCAAGUCAUGACGGAGCUCUUAGAUAAGCCCGAGGAACAAAUACCAGAGUGGGUUUCAUUAACGCUGGGUCACUGCAUUCUCGAUGCGAAUCAGAUUGCUGCGAUUAAUCGCAAAUAUCGAGCCAAUUACUGCAAAGGUGUUACAUUCACGGCAUUUAUCCUUGAACCUCAAAGGUUGCUGCCUUUCCUCAUGGAGCAAUUCAAAAAAGCUGGCGGGAAGAUCAUCCAGCGCAAAAUAAAUAGUUUCGACGAACUAAGUUCAUACGACGUAAUUGUCAACUGCACUGGUUUGGAAGCGAAACAAUUAACAGACGACAAACUAUUACAACCUGUGCGCGGACAAAUCAUGCGCGUUGAAGCACCAGGACAGUUUCAUUGUAUCAUGGAACCCGAAACUUAUAUUAUUCCAAACAUGGAUUGUGUAAUAUUAGGCGGAACUCACCAAGAAAACAGUUGGGAUUUAAACGUGAGCAAAUCCGACGCUGAUGGCAUUGCGCAGAGAUGCAGACAAUUUAGUCCUUCGCUCGAGUCCAGCAAAUUAAUUAAGCACAUGGUGGGUUUGCGACCGGGACGCUCCAGCGUCAUAUUACGCACCGAGAUUCGGACACUUCGUGAUGGGAAAAGAAUUCCGAUCGUGCAUAAUUAUGGGCAUGGGGGAAGUGGCGUUACUUUAUCUAUCGGAUGUGCUACAUCAGCGAGAAAAUUAGUUGAAGAUGCUUUAAUUGGAAAUUUUCAGAAUAAAAUUUCAAAGUUGUAAAAAUUUACAAUAAAAAUUAGUUCACUUUCUAAAA